AUGGAUAGCAUUUUGCGUUUCGGAGACAAGGAGAUCAUUGUGGGCCAAGAGAUUGCAAGGGGCGGAUCUGCACGCAUUUAUUCUGCAUCCUGUGCGGGAGAACAGUAUGUAUUGAAGCAUCUUUCUGUGUCAGACCUGAAGGUUUAUGAUGAUGCAAUAACAGAGAUCUACUUCCAUCUCCGAUUCAACAACGAAAAGUGUGUUGUUAGAUUCCACGGAUUACUUCUAGAUGAUACUUAUAUCCCUGCAGAUUUUGCGUGUUUUGAUGAGUAUUUAACCGUAAAUGGCAUGCACAGUUCCCAGUCCUAUCUAGCAUCAAGUAUCACAUCAUCACAAUUUGCGCCCCAGGAACGUGAACUAAAGCUGUCAUCCUCCGCGCUCCCCGUCCCCGGUGUGGGACAUGGAGUCCAGGACGGGGGAAAGCAUAGCAUGAAAAGGCUUCCUUGCACCACUAUCCGCCUACUGCUUGAAUAUUGCUCGGGCGGGAACUGCGUCAAACUCCUUAUUAAAUGUUCAGAGCGCAAGGUCUUUCUUCCAGAACCACUCAUAUGGAGGUUUGCAUACAACAUCACCCUUGCUAUUCUCUGUCUGCACAGCAAGGGGUGCUCACAUCGAGACCUCAAGUUAGAAAAUAUUCUGAUCUUGGAGCCAUAUGAUUUGGACGAUAUACUGGCCAAUAAUGGCUGCACAACCAAGUUUCCAGAGCUUCUUAGGCUUUGUGACUUUGGAUCCUGCACCACAGAGUCUUACGAUUCCGAGAGGCUUCAAGAUCUAAUGAAGAACAAUGAGCAGGGGAUGAAGGAUUUGAUGAGGUCCUUGGAGCUGAAGACAACCCCGUGCUUCCGGGCCCCCGAGCAGAUCAAGAUCGACCCUGAAUUUCCCCUGGGCACUGCUGUUGAUGUCUUUGCCUUCGGAAUAUUGCUGUAUCGACUGAUGUAUAGACGGUUGCCAUUUCCAGACAACGAUCUUCGCUAUAACUAUCGCGCAGAGUUCAGCUUUCAGGACAAGCGUGUCAAGUAUUCAGACGCACUCAAGAACAUUAUUUCCCUGUGUCUUGUCCAGCGCCCCAAGGACCGUGUCAGCAUAUUCGAGGUGCACAAGCUUGUGCGUGACGAAGUACGCAAUCUAGGAUUUAUUGAGACUAAUAUCUUUACGGCCAUCGGACACCCGAACUCUCUUGCUCGAAGCACCCGUGUAAGCAUUCUUCACGCAGCCCCGGAGGCUGCACAGCCGCCUGCUACUGAGAACACGGUCAACAUCGUCUUGGCAUACAAGCCAAUGAUCAUGAAGAAUACACAUGGUGACAUCACCGUUGUUCUAGACAAGGAGGACUCCGGGGGCCUUGACCUCUCGCAAGCGUCUAUGGGGAAUCUGAGCCUUCUGGAGGACACAAUUGCAUCGGUCACCUCAGCAUCUCAGACAGUCACGGGCAUCGAUACCGGCCAGAGCUUAUCACAUUCCAAGUACGCCUUCACUCGCUCCCUAGCUGGAAGCGUUGGAGUGAACGUGAACUUGGGCCUCUCCACAUCUGGAAUGCCUGCAGGUAACGAGAGAGGGCACACAGGCAUUCGCGAUAGGCUUACCGUUUCUGCCAUUUCGGGACUGGCUGAUCCCCGGGCCGCGUAUCCAGGGCGCUUUUUACAAUCACCUCAGUGUGACGUUGGGCUUUCAGAAUCCAUACUGAUGGCACUUGGGACUCCAGAUGCUCCACGUCUGGUUGAGGAGCUCAGAGCUAGUGUUUCAGGUGGACUUAUAGAUAGUUGCACAGCUGAUCAACAGACACCAAAAACCGAGCAAGUGGAGGCGACACUUGUGACACCACAAGUCCAGGCUUCUCCACCAGCAAUCCCAGAGGACAGCCUUGCUUUUAAGGCAUAUUCCCUUCUUCCAGAAGCCGUUAAAAAACAGCCUCAGACAAGUGCAUUGUACGAAAGCCUGCACUCCAGAUUGCAGAGUAAUAAAGGUGCUUCACACCUCGAACCACUGUUGCCGCUAUUGCUGGAGAUGGCGAAUCUUUUCAAAAUUUAA